AUCUACACGCGCAGUCGUCGUCCGUCAUCCGAUCGAACUCGCGUCUUGCUGUUCGCGUGUGUCGCGCGUGCGUAGUUGUUUCUCUGUGUUUUAAUUUUUAUCUGUGUGUGAGUGUGUGUAUUGCUUCGUUUUUUUUUCAACCUAAAAUCGAUUUUGUCUAAAUCGUAGUACACAAUAUCAUCACAAUACAUCGGUCUAGUGCGCGAGUGUAUGUCGAGUGUCUGUCGUUUCGGCCGCGAGUGAGCGAUUUAGCGCGCAAUCGACGACGAACGAUGACGGCGGAUGCGCGGCCACCGCAACCGCUGCAGCAGUUGACAGAGUCGCUGGCAAAAGCGGCCGCAUGAAACCCAUCACGUUCGAGAACCUCCGGCGGCUGAUCGGCGGUCGUCGGAAGAACAAGGACCGCAACGAGUCGCCGUUCAAGCGAAGCGACUCGUUCAAACGGAUAUCGAUCCGCAGGAAUUACUUGGACGGCCGGGGUGGCGGUGGUCAAAAGGGCAGGAAUCCCACCAAAAAGCCUCCGCCGAUAGACGCCGACGAUUCUGUGCAACCCUAUCAGAACCAGCAGCAUUCUUCCGGACUCAUCAGCAAGUCGGACAGUAGCGGUCCGACUAGUCCUCCGGUCGUUGCUCGUCUCCAGGCCAGUCCCCGGGCAGCUUCGCGUCGUCCGAUAAGUCCCCUGCCCGAGACGCCCGGGCAAGAUGAUGUACCGCCACCGCCACCACCUGUGGAGCGAAGACGACAGGCGGUCGCGCCCGCACCACCACCACCGCCGCCACCGCCAUCACCGCCGCCGGCCAUCGGAUCCACGACCACCACAUCCACGACCACCACCGCCGUGACCACUGUCACCGCACCGGUCAUCGAUUACGGCGAGUGGAUUCGAUGUAUACGCGCGGAAGAAGACCUGAACAACUUGAAACGGUCUUGUUCGCCUCCCCCGCCGCCUACCCCGCCGGCACGGUACCGUUACCACGUGCACAAGGAGCUGGACGACAGUAGUCGUACCGACUCGGCCAUCAGCCUUGGUCGGAUAUGGAUGGACGCACCGAUGCUACCACCGGCCGCUCCCCGGAGCCUGGAGCUACCCGCUCGGCCGGCCACGGGUGCAGCGAUGGCGGCCGACGGCGACGCACAGCCGCAACGGCGGGCCCAUCAUUCGCUGGAAAGCGCGCUCAAGGACAAGCGGGACGACCGUCCGGUGCCGUUCAGGCGGUUCCACCGGUACCCUGUGGCCGUGGACGGCGUCAACAAGACGGCUUCCCGUUCGUCGGUUGCGUCCACGUGCUCGGGCAAAGACUCGGGCUUCAGCCUGUCCGCGCCCGGACUGUCCGAUCCGCCGCGGCCAUCCAAGCAGCAACUGUUUCGCAAAAAGGCGCCWAGACGUCCCGCAGCAGUSGUUGCGGCUAAACCGGCGUCGGUGUUGCAGCCCGCGACAACGCCGCAAGAUCAAYUGUACCAGGUAGUGGUCGCCCGGUCGCCGUUGCGACAGCUCAAAUUGGACCCCAUGAUGUUCGUGGCUCCGGAAAAGAGGCGGCCCACCCAGCAMCAUCAUCACCAUCACCAUCACCCGAAGACCCGGCCGGUCGUCGAGAUCCGAGACUAUUGCGUGCCCAAAGACGCUCGUCUGCAGCGACGUGACCCCGCAGACGACUACCGCGGGGACACUGACGAUUACGACGACGGAGAUGACGAACAGGACAGACUUUACGAAUCGAUAUCGAAGGGCAGCCGGGGACGGUGGCAAGAGUCCACGGACGACGCGGACACCGAAGACGACGAACAAGAGCAGCUGCAGCAGCUGUACCACCGCCGACACCAACAGCAUCAACAUUACCAGCACCAAGACCAUCACCGGAUACCCGUGGCCGCGGCCCGGAACACUAACCGGGUGAAACGGAAAAAGUCGGCCCGACGGAACAUCAAAUACGUAGUAAAGCCAGUCCGACGGGCACCGUCCGCKGCCACCCGGAGACCCAGCGUCACAGCCAAGUCAAAAUCCGCCGGGACACCAAUAAGUGAUAUUACACAAAAAGGAUACGAGAAAAAGAAGACAAGACUUUUGGCUCCUUAUGCUCCUAAGCAGCCCCAAGCCGGCCCCCCAUCGGCUUCGAACAGUAAACAGCCGUCUUCCCAGCAGCAUCAACAUCAUCAACAUCGCACCAGGCGCACGCAAAGACGUGUCACUCAUAAUGAGAAACGAUAUCACUCAGAAGUGCGACAAGAAGCUGUACAACAAGCUCUGGCCGCUAUGCAAUCUCGGCCUAAACCGUCGUUGCCAAUGCCCAGCAAACGAACUUCGGUUAUGGCGAGAAGUCCUGAUCGGUCAGCCACUGCACGUAACGAAACCGAUUCGAGCUCGGAUGACGAUAGCGUCGGCGACCACAUACCUGACCGAGGAGAAGUCAAAGACCGUGGUAGUGGUGGACGCGAACGCAGCAGCGGAGCGGAUACCAGUAGUACCGGUGGGUCUGCUAGAGACACGCCGCCACAUCCAAAGACUGUCGCUGCUGCUACUACCACUGUCGCUGCCACUACAAUUCCUCCUUCUACUGCUCACGGACCGCAACAUCAGCCGCCGCCGCCGUCGGUGCAGCAACACAGACACCAUCAUCAUCACCACCACACCAAGAUUCCUAAUGGUGCGCCCGGWGGCGGGGUGUCCGGAAACAGCGGUUCCGGUGGUUAUUGGGAUGAGUCCAGGACGAUUAUCGAGACUCCUCCCAAGGAGCAGGAUAAAAUCAAACGCAAUAAGCCCGAGGUGACUGAAGUGGCUGACAUGUUGCACAACGUCCGACCUCCAUACCCUCAACCUCCAGACGUUACGAAUAACGUGACGCAGUCCAGAAGAUACACACCUGCGGACCGUGUAAAUCGGUACAGCCGAGAUUCCAGACAAUCGUCCAGCGACGAUGGAAUGGGCACGGUAUCCAGCAGCGGCCGUUGGAAAGUGUCUGCCAAAAUUCAACAGCUGUUAAACACACUCAAGCGACCCAAACGGCGGCCCUUGCCUGAGUUCUACGAAGACGAUGACGUCGAACUUGAGAUCGCGGCCAACCCUAAGGAUCCCAACGCACCGCGACCAGAGGGCGCCUACAUGUCUCCGGCUUUGGGCGAACCGCUAUCCGUGCCAUCAGGACUUCCUCGUAAUUUGGAAGCUGCUCUGCAACGCUAUGGUUCGAGUACGUUCAAAGCUCCCGUAGCCACUGUAUUGGAUCCUAAUGGAAAAUUAAGCAUCACACUUACUUAUGGUAAACUUCUUAGCAGAUCUCACAAAGUGGCCUAUACUCUCCUAAAUCGUCCACUAGUCAAGGGUAACGGUGGUGGAGAGUGCUUAAAACACGGUGACCGUGUAGCUCUAGUCUAUCCAAACAGCGACCCUCUAAACUUCCUGUGCUCUUUUUAUGGUUGUAUAUUUGCUGGAAUCGUACCUGUGCCAAUUGAAGUGCCAUUAACUCGCAGGGAUGCAGGGUCACAACAAAUAGGAUUUCUAUUAGGUAGCUGUGGUGUCCAAGUAGCCUUGACAUCUGAUGUAUGUCUAAAAGGUCUUCCAAAAACUGCUACUGGCGAUGUAGUAGCGUUUAAAGGCUGGCCAAAGUUGCAUUGGUUUGUCACCGAACACCUACCUAAGACUCCUAAAGACUGGUGCCCACCACCUCACAUUGGUGAAGACACUCCGUCUUACAUAGAAUACACCACUGAUAAAGAAGGUUCUGUAAUGGGUGUAAGUGUAAGUCGCACGGCUAUGUUAAAUCAGUGCCGUGCUCUGAGCCAAUCUUGUAAUUAUACCGAAGGCGACACCAUGGUAUGCGUUCUUGAUUUUAAACGUGAAACUGGUCUAUGGCAUUCUGUUUUAACAUCUAUCUUAAAUGGCAUGCAUGUGAUUUAUAUCCCAUAUGCUUUGAUGAAAGUCAACCCAGCUUCUUGGAUGCAAAUGAUUACAAAAUAUAGAGCAAGUGUAGCAGUAGUUAAAUCUAGAGACUUGCAUUGGGGUCUUUUGGCRACCAAAGACCAUAAAGAUAUUGUUCUUAGUUCAUUGAGAUUAUUGUUGGUCGGUGAUGGAGCUAACCCAUGGUCUCUGUCAUCUUGUGAUCAAUUUUUGGCUGUUUUUCAAUCAAAAGGCUUACGACCAGAUGCUCUUUGCCCAUGUGCUUCAUCAAGUGAAUGUCUCACAGUUUCUGUCCGGAGGCCUGGUAGAGCUGGAGUUAAUGCAACUGGGCGUGGUGUUUUGUCUAUGUCAGGCUUAAGUUAUGGUGUUGUUCGUGUGGACCAAGAAAAUUCACUUACUUCAUUAACUCUUCAAGACUGUGGACAAGUUAUGCCCAAUUGUUCAAUGGUAGUUGUUAAAAUGGAUGGCAUACCUUAUAUGUGUAAAACUGAUGAAGUUGGAGAAAUUUGUAUGGGCGGACUUAGUACGACUACAUGCAAUUACUGGGGACUUCCAGGCUUAUCAAAUGCAACAUUUAGAGUUGCACCCAUUGGAGAAGAUGGAAAACCAAUUAACGAUACAAUUGAAUAUACGAGAUCAGGUCUCCUUGGAUUCCUUGGACCUGGUGGGCUAGUAUUUGUGUGUGGAUCUCGAGAUGGUCUCAUGACAGUUACUGGACGUAAACAUAAUGCAGACGAUAUAAUUGCCACCGUUUUGGCUGUGGAACCAAUGAAAUUUAUAUAUAGAGGAAGAAUUGCUGUAUUUGCUAUACGUGUAUUGCGUGACGAACGUAUAUGUGUAAUUGCUGAACAACGACCGGAAUGCAGUGAAGAAGAAAGUUUCCAAUGGAUGUCAAGAGUACUUCAAGCAGUUGAUUCUAUCCAUCAAGUUGGGCUAUACUGUUUAGCAUUAGUACCACCCAAUUACCUUCCCAAGACACCUUUAGGAGGAAUUCAUUUAUCUGAAUGCAAAAGAAGAUUUUUAGAUGGAAACCUACAUCCGGCUAAUGUACUAAUGUGUCCUCACACAUGUGUCACAAACUUACCAAAACCGCGAGAAGUGCAUUCAGACGUGGGACCCGCUUCAGUGAUGGUUGGAACAAUAGUACAAGGCAAUCGUUUGGCUACAGCGCAGGGGCGUGAUAUUGGCAUCAUUGAUAUGGAGUCAGAUUCUAACAAAACUUAUCUUUUCAUAUCAGAAAUAUUAAAGAUGAGGGCAAUUAGAGAUCCCGAUCAUGUGAUAUUUACUUUAGUGAAUGCAAAAGGUGGUGCAGCUGCCACAUUGACUUGUUCACAAUUACAUAAACGAGCAGAAAAAGUUUCCAACUUGUUGAAUGAGCGAGCCAAAGUGAAUACCGGUGAUCAUGUUGCGCUUAUUUUUCCACCAGGAAUUGAUCUCAUUUGUGCAUUUUACGGUUGUUUAUAUGUCGGUGCUGUUCCUGUGACAAUACGACCUCCUCAUCCACAAAACCUUCAGACUACUUUACCAACUGUACGAAUGAUUGUAGAUGUAAGCAAGUCUACAUUAGUUUUAUCCAAUCAAAAUAUUAUAAAACUUCUCAAGUCUAAAGAAGCUAGCAAUGUGGUGGAUGUAAAAUCAUGGCCAGCAAUUUUGGACACUGACGAUAUGCCAAAGAAAAAAAUUGUACCCUCUUACCGAGCACCUACUGCUGAACUUCUCGCUUAUUUAGACUUCAGUGUUUCUACCACUGGGAUGUUAGCUGGAAUUAAAAUGUCUCAUGCUGCUGUUACWUCAUUGUGUAGAUCCAUGAAAUUAGCAUGUGAACUUUAUCCAUCAAGACAUAUUGCCUUGUGUUUAGAUCCUUACUGUGGUUUAGGAUUUGCUUUGUGGUGCUUAAGCAGUGUAUAUUCUGGUCAUCAUUCAAUUCUCAUACCUCCAUCAGAAAUUGAAAUAAACCCUGGUUUAUGGCUCACAGCUGUUAGCCAAUAUCAAGUUCGAGACACAUUUUGUUCUUAUGGUGUCAUGGAACUAUGCACUAAAGGUUUGGCUUCAUCUGUUGGACUUUUGAAACAACGAGGUGUGAAUUUAGCAUGUGUACGAACAUGUGUUGUGGUUGCUGAAGAAAGACCUCGAAUAAACCUGACAACAUCAUUCUCAAAGUUAUUCUCUGCUCUUGGACUUAGUCCCCGUGCUGUGUCUACCAGUUUCGGAUGUCGUGUAAAUGUAGCCAUAUGUUUGCAAGGAGCUUCCAGUCCAGAACCGUCUUGUGUAUAUGUUGACCUMCGAGCUUUAAGAAAUGAUCGAGUUUCSCUGGUGGAACGCGGUAGCCCGCAUUCGUUGUGUUUGCUCGAAUCAGGAAAAUUGUUACCUGGUGUUAAAGUUAUCAUUGCACAUCCAGACACUAAGGGUCAUUGUGGCGAUUCACAUCUGGGUGAAAUUUGGGUACAAGCACCACAUAAUGCUAGUGGAUAUUUUAGUGUAUUUGGGAAUGAAAUAUCAGAAGGUGGUAAUGGAUCUGAACAGUUCAAUGCACGACUAGUCACUGGUAGUACAGGCGAAGUUUACGCUAGAACUGGUUAUCUUGGGUUUUUAAGGCGUACUGAAUCAACAUCAACACCAUCAAGUAUUGCGUUACAUUCAACAGACACUAUUGACAUAAUGUCACUUAGUGAUUUAUCACUUGCCUCGUCUAACCAAUCAACACUAAGUAGCAACACAACUGCUCCUGCUGAAUUACCAGAGCUUCAUGAUGCUGUUUUUSUGGUUGGUGCUCUGGAUGAAACAAUUAUUCUACGAGGCAUGCGUUAUCAUCCGAUCGAUAUUGAAAACAGUGUAAUGCGAUGUCAUCGAAAGAUUGCAGAAUGUGCUGUGUUUGCUUGGACCAAUCUCUUAGUAGUUGUGGUUGAGCUGGAUGGAAAUGAAAGCGAAGCACUUGACUUAGUACCAUUAGUGACCAAUGUGGUACUUGAAGAACAUCAUUUAAUUGUUGGCGUUGCUGUAGUAGUUGAUCCAGGCGUGGUGCCAAUAAAUUCACGCGGCGAAAAACAACGCAUGCAUCUACGUGAUGGCUUCUUAGCUGAUCAACUUGACCCUAUUUAUGUAGCAUAUAACAUGUGAUCGCCUCUACAUCAAGGGGUUUAGUUUUGUUUUUUAGAUAAAUUUAUAGUUGUGAUAUACAAAAUUAUUAUUAUAUUAUUAUUAUUACAACAAUACACGUUAAAUAGAAAUCUUAAUUAUAAUCGAAUUUAAAAAGAAAAAAAUUUCAAAACCAGUAGACUAUAUUAUUAUUAUUGAAUCUGAUUUCAAUGUAUAAUAAUUGUAUGAUAGAUGAUUUAUAGAUUAUUUUAUUUUUGUUAUUUUAAGUUGCCAUAUUGUGCGUCUGAUGGUUGUGAUAAAAUUUCGGGCCACCAUUUCACCCUUUCAUUUUUUUUUUCUUUAAUAAUAUAUCUGUAUGUAUGACCUAGUCAUAUGUUAAAAACUUAAAAUAUAAAUUUA